AUGAAUGCAAAUGCGUUUCUUAUGUCCCACUACACCGGCCGUAAUAAAUCCCCUACGGCGCCCUUGACUUCGGAUGAGCCAUCAUCGAUACUUUGCUCCGCGCAUCUGAUCGCCGUGAUUCUUGUCCAGAGAGACAACGGCAGCCCGAGCACAAAGGAGGCGGCUGAAAGGCUAGGACGAAAAGCGAGCAUGUAUACGGCGGUUCUUGCCUCGCAGGAAUCAGUCUCAUCCCUCACUUCGACCGUGCUGAAAGACGGCCAUGGCAUUGGUAUCCAACGAAGACAUCCAAGCCGCGUCUUCUCACAGGAUGUUGUCUGCUCCACAUCUUCACCAGCAGGACAGCUGACGCUCAUUGAACCAAGGUGCUCCAGCCCAAUCACUCCGGCCAAAGGGGGCAGCAUCAUCCAUGUAGCCUCCCUCGUGCCAUUCCAGGGAGGACUCACAGUCCCGAGUUUCAAUGGCUUCUUCAUUCAUAUUGUCCAGGAUGCUCAUGCUUGUGGUGCCAUCGGUAACAGCAACACAGCACCAUUCGAUGAAAUCACCUCGCCACAGGUUGUCAACCUCGUUUCUGUCCUAGCGGAAUGCAUAAAGCCGCGUGAGAAGCGAGUGUGUGAAUUGAAUCUGGUUCGAAGCUCCCGGCGUAAGCUUACACCUGCAGGCCCAGGCCGUGAGGCUUAUGCCGUGUAUCGGCUGGACCCUCACGAAAUGGGCAAAACCAUUCUCCUGCGGAAUGCUCUCAUUCUGGUUCGAUCCGGCGAGUCCGAUGACCAUGUCGUGCCUCUCCGGGAACACUCCCUGCUCAUCGAGGGCAACAGAAUCAGCAAGAUCGCACCUCAAGUGACUGCUCCAUCGGCAGAGACAUUGGUCAUUGACUGUACCGGAAGGAUCAUCUCCCCGGGUUUCAUUGAUACACACCAUCAUCUGUGGCAGACACAACUCAAGGGAAGACAUGCGAAUCAUACGCUGUUAGAGUACAUGCCAUCCGGCAACAUGCAGUCUGCGAACUACGCGCCCGAAGAUGUAUUCUGGGGCGAACUGGGCGGGUUCCUCGCGGCAUUGGAUGCGGGAACGACCACGGUCGUUGACUAUGCCCACAUCAACUGCACGCCGGAGAAUAGCAGGUUUCGUCCUAUUUGUGGUUAACGCGAGGACAACCAACCCAUCUAACUGCGAUGCGUAGCCUAUAACGCCCUUCAAGCCGCGAUAUCAUCCGGGCUUCGCGUGGUAUUCUGUUAUACGCCCACGCUGACCGUCA